AUGUUCGCUCUUAAAGUGGCGUGUCUGUGCUUGUCGGUCACCGUCGUUUUCGGUGAAAACAAUCAACAAAACGGUCCAAGUGAUCGGUCGGCCACUAUAUUCCAGAGUUGCAUAGCGGAAACAAAAUUGUCCGGCGACGCACUCAAAGGAUUCCGGUCGAUGAGUAUACCAAAAACACAAGCCGAAAAAUGUAUGAUGGGUUGUCUGAUGAGAAAAGUUAACGUGAUUAACAAGGGCAAGUUUUCGGUCGAAGAGGCGACCAAGGUUGCACAGAAAUACUACGGGACCAACGAAGUGAUGAUGAAAAAGGCAAAAGACCUCAUCGACGUUUGCGCAAAGAAAGCUCAAUCGACGACUGAAGAGUGUGCGUUGGCCGGAAUUGUGACAACUUGUAUCGUGGAGGAAGCUCAAAAAGCUGGCUUAUCCGGUGGACCUGGCAGCCGCUCCAGACGAACCGUCUCACCGAAAUUCAGACGCGACGCCAUGUAA